AUGCCCGGAUAUCUGAAAUUGAAGAUGCAGAGCACAUAUGGAGCUCCAGUUGCAUUUGUUGAUUUUCAGGGAAUGGUGUUUGAUCUUGAGAAAGGAUCAAUCCUAUAUAUUGAUCUUGCAAAAUCUAAUUCCCGACCUAAGCGCUCAAGAACAGAUGAUGAAUGGAGUGGCUCAGAUAAGAAGGCAAGAGCAUCCUCCACAUUUUCAAGGGGAACUUCUGACUCUGGUUUUGGCAGCGUUCACAUGCCUGGAAUGGGUAAUUCUGCUUACAACAUGAUUGGUUAUCCACCUACACAAAGUCUUGGAAACCUCGACGCAAGAGCUGCUAGUGAGAUAACAGCUUCCAAAUUGAAUCAUUCUUCAGUUCCCCCUAAUGUCCCCAAAAUUGGUACCCCAUGUCCAACACUUUUUGUGGCUAAUCUCGGGCCAACCUGUACAGAGCAAGAAUUAAUUCAAGUCUUUUCUAGAUGCCCAGGAUAUCUGAAAUUGAAGAUGCAGAGCACAUAUGGAGCUCCAGUUGCAUUUGUUGAUUUUCAGGAUACUUCCUCUUCAACGGCAGCAUUAACUAGUCUGCAAGGCACAAUUCUUUACUCAUGUCCAGGAGGCUUACGUUUGGAAUAUGCUAAGUCAAGGAUGGGAAUGCCUCGGAAGCCAAAAUGAUCAAUAGUUUUUAACCAAGUUUUGAGGGCAGAAUAUAACCCUUUGCUUUGUCUACCAGCCAUUCUAGUUGAUGCACAUCUUAAAUUAUUUUGUACCAAAAAAAUAGGUUUACGAAGGUGUAAUUUUAUAGCUGUUAUCAGAUUUCCAUUUAAUUCGUAUCAAAUUUCAUGUAUUUUAUUAACAAUUGAUAAUUGAAAGCAAAUUUCAUGUUGAUAU